AUGCUCUUCUACGUGGCUCUUCUGAUAUUAGGAGCCAGUGCCUAUUACUGUCAUUUUCAAUUGAAGCGGAGGAAGAUAGUUGAAAGAUUGGAGAAAGUUGUUCAGAGAAAACGAGAUGAUAUCCUAAAAAAUAUUGAAGAAGCGAGAAGAAUUUCUGAUAAAUUGGAUUCGAAAAGAAGAGAUUACAUCGGAAAUUUGGAUUUCGAACAGUUGAAAGAGGAGCUUCAGACAGGAAGUGUGACGUGUGUUGAAGCAGUUCGAACGUACUUCCACAAAGCAAUUCUGGCUCAUGAAAAGACGAAUGCAGUGACGUGUUUCAUUCUGGAAGCAGAGCAACAGGCGGAAGAACUCGAUGAAAAAGCAAAGUUGCCUUCUUUUGUGAAACCUCCAAUGUUCGGGAUUCCACUAUCAUUGAAAGAAUGUUUGAAAGUGAAAGGAUAUGAUACAACUAGGGGAUUUGUUCAGGAUGCUUAUAGACCAUCGACUGAAGAUUCGAUUCAAAUUGAACAUUAUAAGAAAUUAGGUCUGAUUCCAUUCUGCCAAACCAAUGUUCCCCAGUCACUUCUCAGUUACAAUUGCUCCAAUCCAUUAUUCGGAACAACUACAAAUCCAUUCGAUAGUACUCGUACUUGUGGUGGAUCAUCUGGUGGAGAAGGUGCAUUGAUUGGAGCAAAAGGAUCUCUGAUUGGAAUUGGAACAGAUGUUGGAGGAUCUGUCAGAAUUCCAUGUCAUUUCACUGGAAUUGCUGGAAUUAAACCAUCCAAAAUGAGAUUUGCUCAUCGUGGAGGUGGCACUUCUGUUCCCGGAAAACCACUUGUUGAUGCGAAUGAGGGUAUAAUGGCUCAGAAUGUUACGUCAAAUGUUGAACUUUUGAAGAGUGUCUGGGGAGACAUUGAUUUCCAAUCGGAUCGUGAUCCAUACUGUCCACCAGUCCACUGGAAUGAAUCAUUGUAUUCAAGUGAGAAGAAAUUGAGAAUUGGAUAUUAUAUUGAUGAUGGAUGGUUCACUCCAACUCCGGCACUCCAGAGAGCUGUACUCGAAUCGAAGAAACAUUUGGAGAAUGCUGGACAUACUGUUAUUCCAUUCCAUCCACCAAGACUCACCGAUGUUAUUCAGUGGUACUUUAGAGCUCUCUUCCUGGACGGCGGACAAUUUAUAUUGAAUAAGUUGAUGAAUGAUAUAAUAGAACCGACGAUCACGUUUCAAAGAACACUUUGUACUGUUCCUGCAUGGAUUCAACGGUUACUAAGUUAUCCAGUUUCUCUGGUUUUUCCUAGACUAGGGAUGUUUAUGAAGUCUCUAACGAGAGACACUUUCGAAUUGAGAGAAGCGUAUGCUGCUAUUGAAGCAUACAGAGAGGAAUAUGUUUCACUAAUGCUGAAGGACAAUUUGGAUGUCAUCUUGUGCCCGCCUUCCAUAAUGCCAGCUCCUCAACACGAUGUUCCGUCGAAGUUAUUAUGUGGAGCUAGUUAUACUUUUAUCUAUAAUCUGUUGGAUUUUGGUGCCGGUGUUGUCCCAGUGACCACAGUGAAUAAAUCAGAUGAAGAGAAGUUGAUAAACGAGUAUCCAGAAACAGAUAAAUGGUAUCAAAUUACCAAAAAAGCAACGAUUGGAUCAAUUGGAAUGCCAAUUGGAGUUCAAGUUGCUGCACCGCCAUUCAGAGAAGAAGCUGUUCUUCGCACAAUGAGAGAAAUCGAAAUCGCAGUUUCAGGGAAGUUGGAAAUAUAA